AUGGUCGAAACCCAAGUCAAAUCCGACACGAAGAUAACCGUCUGCGGCGACACCCACGGCCAGUACUUCGACCUCCUCGAAAUCUUCCGCCUCAACGGCUUCCCCUCCGCCUCCCACGCCUACCUCUUCAACGGUGACUUCGUCGACCGCGGGAGCUGGUCCUGCGAAAUCGCCCUCCUCCUCUACGCCUACAAGUGGCUGUUCCCCUCCUCCUUCUUCCUCAACCGCGGCAACCACGAAACCGACGACAUGAAUCGCAUGUAUGGCUUUGAAGGCGAGUGCCGCGCGAAAUACAACGAGCGCGUCUUCAAACUCUUCUCGGAAUCGUUCUCCGCCCUCCCCCUCGCCACCCUAAUUGGCGACAAAUAUCUCGUCCUCCACGGCGGCCUCUUCUCCGACGACUCCGUCACACUGGACGACAUCCGCAAACUCAACCGCCACAACCAACGCCAACCAGGCCAAGCAGGUCUGAUGAUGGAAAUGCUCUGGACGGAUCCUCAAACCGAACCCGGUCGUGGUCCCUCCAAACGCGGUGUAGGCCUACAAUUCGGUCCCGACGUCACGAAGCGCUUUUGCGAGAAGAACGGCCUCGAAGCGGUGAUUCGCAGUCACGAGGUGCGCAUGGAGGGAUACGAAGUCGAGCAUGAUGGACGGUGUAUCACGGUUUUCUCGGCGCCGAGGUAUUGUGAUUCGACGGAGAACAAGGGCGCGUAUAUCAAUAUCGAGAGCGACUUGAAGCUGCAGUUUAAUAAGUUUGAUGCGGUGCCGCAUCCGGAUAUUAAGCCGAUGCACGGGAGCAACGAGUGUAGGACGCGGGCAGAGCUGCAAGGAGGAGGCGGCUGCGAUCCGGGGUUCUUUUGA